ACGCAUAGCAAGCGUAAAUUACGAGACGUUGUCAUAGUGGAGACUCUGUUUCACUAUCAAGAUGUUGCGUUUGGAUAAGGAAAUAGAUGAAGCAAUCUUCAAGAAGUUUCUGCUAUUUAAAACCACUUCUAGUGAUUACGGAAAAUUCGCACCAAACGUCCACACGAUGCCAAAUGUUUACUUUCCAUUGAAAGGCGAAUUUUCCCAGGUAAAUGUGGUAUGUAUCGCAAUCACUCGCUCAACACAUCAAUGCAAAAGUAAAGCUUCACUGGUCAUAUUGUCGAUUCUGUUAAUUACAUAUUUUUUUCAAAAAUGCUGUCAAUACAUUAUUUUCAUAUUUAUGCAUGAACUUAUGAGUUCAGUCUUCUACAUUUUCUUAAAAAAUAUGUCGUCCUCUUGA